ACUCGGCCUAAAGAAAUUUCAAACCCCCAAUAAAAAAUUGAAUAAAUAAUAAAAUUUUGGAAAAAAAAAAAAAAUCUUAAAAGGAAAGGAAGGGAAAAGGCUUUGACACGGUUCUGAUAAAUUCAAGGACUGAAGCGGGUAGACCUUAGAUGCGGAGUAGUCUCUUGGAUACUGGAAGAGAGGGAAGAACAUUGGAUUCUUGCAUCAUUCUGCCAUGGCGGGGACAUCAUGGUUGGUUGAUCCCACCAGAAUUGCGACAAAAAUCCGGAGCGCCUCAGGUGCAUGCCAACCAGAAAAGAUCAGCUGGACAAGCAAUCCAACGAAAUCUUGUCCUAAUUGCCAACAUGUUAUUGAUAACAGUGAUGUUGCUGAUGCGUGGCCUGGGUUGCCUCGUGGCGUGAAAUUCGACCCUUCUGACCAAGAGAUUAUCUGGCACUUGCUUGCUAAAGUUGGUUAUGAAGAUUUGAAGUCCCAUCCUUUCAUAGAUGAGUUCAUUCCUACUGUUGAUGAAGAUGAUGGUAUCUGUUACACUCACCCACAAAAUUUGCCUGGUGUGAAGCAAGAUGGAAGUGUAUCACACUUCUUCCAUCGAGCAAUCAAGGCUUACAAUACUGGAACCCGGAAACGUAGGAAGAUACAUGGCGAUGUUUUGGGGGAUGUUCGUUGGCAUAAGACUGGCAGGACAAAGCCUGUGUUCUUGGACGGCAUACAAAAAGGAUGCAAGAAGAUUAUGGUUUUGUAUAUAAGCCCUGUUCGAGGAGGAAAAGCUGAGAAGACUCUUUGGGUAAUGCAUCAGUACCAUUUGGGCACCGGAGAAGAUGAGAAAGAAGGAGAAUAUGUAGUUUCGAAAGUGUUUUAUCAGCAGCAACAAGUCAAGCAGACUGAGAAAGGCGACGAGGAUGUCCCUGAAAGCAGCGAUGCCAUGAUUGUAAAGGUGGAUCCUGUCACUCCUAAAUCUGUAACUCCUGAACCUCCUCGCCCUGAAACAAGAUUUUCCAAUGAUGAGGCCAGACAUGAGUCUCCAGCUCCAGUCGUAAGGGUCAGUCCGACUUUUCCAUUGGAUGAGAAUGCUUUGCUAAUUACUUGUCCGAGCACGAGCUUACACCUUAUUCCACAUCAGAAUGAAACUUGCAUGGAAGAUAUGGUGGAAACAGCUAUGGUGGAAGCAACUUGUCAGUUGAAUGAUCAUCAAAAUCGCUGUACUGAUGAGAAUAAUCCUUCCGAUCAAAUGGAAGGUGAGAACAAUGAUGAGGCUGCUGACGACAACAAAUGGUGGGAGAAUGAGUCGCAGUUUUUGCUUAGCUCGCAGCAGCUUGUUGAAGGGUUGUCCAUCUGCGACGAGCUUCUGCAAAGUCAGUCGCCAAAUAGGGAUGAUGAAACUGGAAUUGGUAGAAAACCGAGUGAUAAGCCUCGCCUCUCUGACUAUGCUCAGUUGGGACCAGAGGAUUUGAAGAGGGAUUUGGAGGAGUGCCAAAGUUUGGUUUCUGAUCCAGUAAAUAUUGAGCUCGACACACCUCCAGAUUUUCGGCUAAGCCAGAUUGAGUUUGAAUCACAGGACAGUUUCAUUGCAUGGGGUGGAAGCAUGAGAGGAGGAAAAGAGCUCGACAAAUUCUGAUCUGUUCAACAUAUCAAUAGCAAGUCCGAGUAUAGUAAUUCUUGGCUGGCUUCAAUGAUGUUUUGUGUUGGAGUGAAAUCAAUGCAUUUCUUGCUGAUGAAACUGAUAAUCAGCUUUUUGGAAAUUUAGGGGGAUCAGUAACUUUAUGUUUUGAUGAUCUGAUGUUCUUACUGGCUCCUAAAUGAACUCGUGCUUGAUAUUUUGGCUGUUGCUACCUUUGUAAAUUAUGUUUUAUUUCAAGCAAAAAAAUGAUUCAAUUAUUA